CUAGCCGGCAGCCCUGGGCCGCUCUCUCUCUCAGCUCUCUGCUCUCUUCUCUCCUCGCUGCUCUGCGCCGGCACUGGGGUGAAAGGGGAAGGGGCUGUCAGGCCCGGCCUGGGCUGCAAUCGAGGGGCCCCCGCCCCUUCACGCACUGAGAUGAGAAAACUGAGGCUCAGGGAGGUUAAAUCCCCUGCCCAAGGUCAAAGAGGUAAGCAUCAGAGAUACUAUUUGACUCCAGAGUUACUGCCCUUUCCCCUCAUCCAAGGUGAUGUAUGCAAUGACUAGUCUCAGAUUGCCCAUCCGUGCUUUAAGAAAACCAAAUGCCUGGAUUGGACUCUGGGGGACAUCUCUUGUACACAAACCCUGUAACUCUGGGAAUCAGUACAUAAAUUCUUCUAGUUAUCAGUUAAACUAUAGAACACUGUUCUACAGCAUUUCCUCUGUGAAACUCCCGGGGCUUUUAAUAUCCCCAGAAUGCAUUUCACUGUUUUCCAUAAGACUCAAAAGCAACACAGGGUCUAAAGAGAGCAGUAAAAAGGCUUUACAGAAAGCAGACGACGAUGACGAUGACUCUGAUGAAGAUCGGGGAGAGAUGAGUGAGCAGGAAGAUGAAGUUGAAGAUGACCCCAAUGUAGUAAAAGACUAUAAGGAUGUGGAGAAAGUCGUCCCUUCUUUUCGAUAUGAUGUUAUUUUGAAAACAGGUCUGGAUCUUGCAAGAAAUAAAAUAGAAGAUGCAUUCUACAAAGGUGACCUCAGACUGAAUGGAGAAAAAUUGUGGAAGAAAAGCAGAACGGUGAAAGUGGGUGAUACACUGGACCUUAUCAUUGGAGAGGAUAAAGAAUCCGAAACAGAGAUAGCUAUGAGAAUUGUCCUGAAAAAAGUAUCAGAAGAGAAAACUGAGUCUGAAAAGUACCGAAUACUAUUACGCCGUUGGAAAAAAAUCAGACUGCCCAAGAAGAGUGUGUCUAAGUAGCCGGAUUCCUGUGGUACCAGCAAUCCAGGAACUCAAGUGGUUUUCACCUAGUGGGGAAACAGGGAAAGGGGUCUUUUUGAAAAAGGACAUUUUUAUCAAAAUAAAGUCUCAUCCGUUCUGGAA